AAGAGAGGAGACUGUUAGGCUACAAUAAUUAAUACAGUUACUAAAUCGACAAUAUGAAGUUUGUACCGGAGCUGCUGUGUUUGUAUCUUCUGUGUUUGUUUGGAAACACAUUGUGUGAUGAGAAAGGGUCAGCGGUUAUCUACGUGGACGAAGGGAGAGAUGUUACGUUACCCUGUUCCCUCAGCACCAAAGACAACAUUGAGUUAAACCUGUUUGACUGGAGGAAAGAUGAUCAGAUGGAGGUGUUCACGUAUGAUCGAGGCUUUCAUUACAAUAACGGCCGUUCGGGUCAGAGUGAGCAGUUCAAAGUUCGAGUCUUUCAUUUUCCAGAUGAACUGAAGUACGGCAACGCCUCCAUACGCAUCAGAAAUGUGAAGGUGGCUGACAGUGGAGACUACACCUGUGAGUUUCCACUUCAGCAGAAAAGAGACAAAAUCCACAUUAAGCUUGUUGUUGCUGCAUCUCCGGAGCCAUACGUCACACUACAGUCUAUGGUCACAGCACAGUCUAUGGUCCCAAUGCUUGGUCAAAGAGAGGAUGGGGUGCUGCUGCAGUGUGAAGUUCGAGGUGCUUCUCCAAAACCUAGAGUAGAGUGGCAGGACAGUGCUGGAAACAUCCUUCCUGCUGAGGAGACACUGGUCUCAGAAAGAGGAGGCCACUUCUACAUCAUCCUCCAAACUACUGUAACCAAGACCGACCACUAUCGCUGUGUUGUCACACAAGAGGAAAUAAACCACGAGACUGAUGCUAUGACUUAUGUGCCUGUUUGUGACAUCAACACGACCAUUAGGGCCAGGAUAGUAUCACAUGUAGUAACUGGUAUAAUACUAUUCAUGUUGGGAGCUAUGGUAACAGUUGUACUGAUAUACUUUCGAAGAACUAUAGGUUCAAUGACUCCAAAGGAAAAUGAAAAUCAGCCACUGAUUGAGGAUGCACAUGGCUCAGACCAAGAAAUCGAUGGCUCAGACGCAGUAGCCCCCCCCACCCCCGAAUCCGUUGUCUGACAAGCAGCUCUGACGUACAGUAUACUGGUGAGAGUUUAAUGCCCUUUUUUAAUCACUAUACUGUACUUCAUUUGCAGUUUUGUAAGUGUAGGGUUUGUCUAAAUAUUUGGAUUUUUUCUUUUUUUAACAGGUAAACUACUUUUCCAACUUUGCUAUCAGCUGAUGGAAACUAGAUCGCACCAUCCUACUCAGUUUGUUCUAUUUCAAUACAAAUGGAGCAAUCAAUCUUUGUAAGAAUAAAUUACAGACAUCUCUAUGUUGUUUAGAGGAAGUACACAAAUUCUCAGAAUUUUGUCUUAAUAACUGAUUUUUUGGCAGUAGUUUGAAAUCUGCCUCUACAAGCAACUCUUGUGAUUGCCACAGUGAUAGUGUGAAGUGUGAGGCUGUGCGUGGUAGUUCACUGACCAUUUAGCUCAACAAGAUCAUGACUUUGAUCCCUGGUGAUGCAGAACAAACAUGCCAAUGCAUACUCAGGAAUUGGGUUGUGUGGAUACAAGACUUAAGUUUCAGGGUUUAAUGAUAUACUGUAUUUGUCAUUUGUCUUCUUCCUCAUCAAAAUGCCCAGGCCAGACUCACAGCAGCAAUAAUUCUUUUUUGUUUUUCUUUCCUAUAGCGUUUUUUUUAUUAUUAUUAUUCAUGUAUCUAUUUUGCACUUUAUAUUUGUACUCUUGAUUUAUUUCUGUACAAGUCGCUUUAAACCUAUAAUAUGUAACUUUCUGUAGCUAGGGGUCUCUCAACCAAAACAAUGGAUGGUAAACACAGAUUUUUGAUGACGUUGGGAAGUUGCGUG